AUGGAUAGUCCUAAAACCAUGAUAGGAGUGUGUGCUAUACUGACUUGGUCAAGAAGACUGAAGAUUGCUUUGGAUGUUGCAAAAGGGCUUGCCUUUCUUCAUGGCACAGAAAGACCAAUAAUAUAUCGGGAUUUCAAAACAUCAAACAUUUUGCUGGAUGUGGAUUUUAAUGCAAAGCUUUCUGACUUUGGACUUGCAAAAGAUGGACCUAUGGGAGAUCAAACUCAUGUGUCAACCCGGGUUAUGGGCACUUACGGAUAUGCAGCUCCUGAGUAUGUCAUGACUGGACAUUUAACAGCUAGAAGUGACGUUUACGGUUUUGGGGUGGUGUUACUUGAGAUGCUGAUUGGAAGGAGAGCAAUGGAUAAGAGCAGGCCUAGCCGGGAGCAUAACCUGGUUGAGUGGGCCCGCCCACUCUUGAAUCACAGCAAGAAGCUUCUGAGGGUAUUAGACCCCAGAAUGGAAGGGCAAUACUCAUCUAAAACUGCGGUAAAGGUGGCCAGUCUGGCAUACCAAUGCCUCAGUCCAAACCCGAAAGGGAGGCCUGUUAUGAGCCAGGUGGUUGAAAUACUUGAAACUCUUCAGACACUAGACAGAAGCCAAGAUGAGGCAAUGCUUCAGAGUGGAGGCGGCAUUGUAACCCUUUACGAAGUUCCUAAGGGUGGGACAGACACAACGGACGAGAAGAAGAAAUACCCAACUAGAAGUGAGAGUCAAAGAGAAGAUGAGGUUCCUCGAAUGAACAAACCAGCAAAUGGGAGGAGCAAGAGUGAGCCUCCAAAGGAGUUUGAUCUUUAUGGUCCAUCGCUGAAUAUUGGGACUGCCAAUAGAAACUGA